AUGAGCCCAAAUGUAAAACUCACUGUUGACUUGUUAGGAAAAAGUGUUGAUCCCACUCUCUAUAGAAGCAUGAUAGGCAGCCUCCUUUACCUUACUGCUAGUGGACCUGACAUUAGUUGCAGUGUAGGAGUGUGUACUAGAUAUCAGGCUAAUCCUAAAGAAUCUCACAUUACUGUGUUGAAGCGUAUUAUCAAAUACGUUAAGUCCACUAGUAAUUCUGGAGUUUGGUAUGAUAAGGACACUAAUGAUGUGUUAGUUGGAUACUCUAAUGUGGACUGGGCUGGUAAUGCUGAUGAUCCUAAUAGCACCUCCAGAGGGUGUUUCUACUUAGGUAAUAAUCUUAUUUCAUGGAUGAGUAAAAAGCAGAAUUCCAUCUCUCUCUCCACUGCUGAGGCAAAAUACAUUGCUGUUGGUAGUUGCCGCACUUAA